AUGUCCGCUCUUCAUAGUCACGUCGCCUCUCUCUCCCAACACCCUUCCAAUUGGUUUGCCCGCACCGACUUCAAGCUGGAGCCCUGUGAUUGGCCGCCGGAUCCCAGGAUAGCGCGGGAGUGCAACGUACAUGCGCUCUCAGUGCGGAUAGUCAAGGAGCUGGUAACCCUAUGCCCCGUGGAUCUCUCCCUCACAGCCAAUCACGUGUCUGCAGAGGCGUUUCAUCAACUCAUGUUGCAAGGGAGAGUGGGGAAUGCAGGAAUGGAGAAUGGGAAAGUGGAGAAUGGAGAAAUGGUGAAUGGGGGAGUGGAGAAUGGGGGAGUGGAGGGAGAGGAGGAAUCAACGGGAGAGUGUGAGGAGGAGCAGGAGGAGAAGGAAGAAGGGCGUGUGCCACGUGGCAUGGUGGUAUUGGACACCAGGAACGUGUACGAGACGCGCAUCGGACGAUUCGUGCCGCCCAAAGGAGUGACAUUUAUCGACCCCUGCAUUCGCCAGUUCAGCGAUCUACCCGCAUGGGUGGACAGGCACGAAGACGAACUAAAAGACAAAACGGUGCUCAUGUAUUGCACAGGGGGGGUCCGCUGUGAGUCAGCCACGGCGUAUCUCCGAUCCAAGGGGCCUGGAUUUCAAGACGUGGUGCAGCUGUCAGGGGGCAUCGUGCGUUAUCUCGAGGCGUUCCCAGAUGGGGGUUUCUUUCAGGGGAAGAACUUUGUCUUUGACCACCGCCUGGCUGUGCCACCAGCAGCGCCGCAACAAGCAACGAUUGGAGUGUGCUGUCUGUGCGUGAGGCCCUUUGAUGACUACAGCGGGAGGAACCGCUGCGCUGCCUGCCGCAUGCUGCUGCUGGUGUGCCCUACUUGUACUCAGACAGAG